AUAAUAAGACUCCUUCAACAAAGGUCAGAACUGCCCCUCCUCCCCCCGUGUGCAAGUGUAUAUGUACACAACCUCCGUCUCUUCGGCCUCCUCUAAACGCCCAUUGGGGCGGACUUAUAUUCCAUCUCCCUGAUCUCAUUUGGUUCGAAGAAAACUUGUUGGUGAACUACCUUGGAAAGUGGAUGGCUGCUGUGUCACAUGCUUGAUGGGCGAUCUGGCUCGAAGCUCGUCUGCUUUACACUUCUUCCAUCUCGACCCCCAGCCAGCCCCUGCCUUCAAUUCCUCUGUACCAUCCUCUAGCACCUGCUAGUUGUUGUAUAAUUGAUUUCCCCCAUUCACCACCACCGCCUGACCACGAUAUUUCCUUGUGACGAAGCUUGAAGAUGCUAAGGCUCCCAUUAGAUAUCAGCAGGUUUCACCACUACUAAACACAACUUUUCAAGGAAGGAUUGGACGCAGGAGAGGAUAGUGCCUUCCUCAGACGAUGUCCUUGGACUAAGACACGCCCUGAUCGCUUCUUCCCGACCUUGUCUCGUGCCGCACUGCCCAUUUCCAAACAUCUCUCGAACUUGGCUUUGUGCGAUGUCCCUAUCGGAUCUUCAUAGGAAUCAUUUCGAUCCUUUAAAUCACUUUCACCCUAGAGAGGAAUCGGUCCCUGGGUUUUACUCUCAACCGCUGUCUUCGCCCGUUUUUAUCAAUCACGGCAUCUCUCAGCUGUCAAGUGCUCUUUACGUUGCCGCUUACAAUAUGAACCCGAUGUCGACCGAAGAGAUGGAGCGGUACCAGGAGCUCUCCAACAAGUUCGAGCCGGAGCUCCCGGGGCCCCUCGUCUCCCACAAACAGUCUACCGAAGCGAUUGCCGUUGAAUACGCCAAUGCGGAUCCCGCUUUUGCAACCAAGACAAACGCGCUGGCUGUGACGCACCCUCACUCGCGCAUCAUGAAAGGUGAUGGCAAUUGUGGCUGGAGAGCUGUCGCUUUUGGAUACUUUGAGAACCUUUUCAACUUUCGUAAUCCCAUGCAAGCACAACAGGAACUGGUACGAAUCAAGUCUCUAAACACGAUUCUCGACCAGGUUGGCCAGGAAGAGCAUCUGUAUGAGAUUUUUGUGGAUGCGACGGAGGAGGUCUUUGGUCAAAUAAUCGGUGCCAUCGAGCGGGGCGAGCGCGACGACUCCUUCCUUGUCGCGCUCUUCAAUGAUGAAUACAACUCUAAUGCCAUAAUCACUCAUUUCCGCCUUCUGACCAGUGCUUGGAUGAAACUGAACCCUCACCGUUACCAGGCGUUCCUGUCGAUGCCUCUAGACCAAUACUGUGCGACCCGGAUAGAGACAGUCAAGACGGAGAUUGACGAAGUUGGUCUACAAGGCUUGGUCGACGGAGUGAUUGAGGCUUCCGGGCUCACGGUGGAAAUCCUCUAUCUCGAUCGUAGCGAAGGUGACGCAGUGACUUCGCACGUUCUCUCACCACCAAGGCCGGGCCACGGGGCUAUUCGCCUCCUCUACCGACCAGGCCAUUAUGACCUGCUUUAUCAGCCGACUCUGAACAUGCAGCCCAUGGUCAACAUUCAAUAUGCCAUGUCUUCUGAUUACUCAACUUGGGGAACUGAUCAACUCUCAUUCGACGUCAAUUCUAGCCUGAUGGCGAUUCCCAAUUUGAUGAUGGACACGUCAUUUGGACUGGCACAUUCAAUGCCCCAACCUCCCUCUGAUCCGUUCCGGGUGUCACCACCUCAGGAAGUUUAUCAGCCUCCUGUACAUACACCACCACCAACAACGAUUGCCCCGCCACAGCCGCCUAUUCGAUUGACCGGGCCUCCUCCAAUCAUGAGCGCAUUGCCUCCGCGGUCCAACGAUGGGCCUCAAAUCCGGUUAAACCCGCUCGUCAUGAAACCUAAUCUGAGCCAUUCACUUCCAGUCACUGCCCCAUUCAAAAAUUCCCCGUAUAAUCAAGCCCAUUUUCAGAAUCAAGAUUUCGAACCAAUUCACUGGGAGCCUCACGAAUCCAGAAAAUAAGUUGAUGCAACAUAUCUUGUGAUCAUUCUCCACCAAACUUCCAUGACCCACGAACUGUAUGACCCCGCGAUACGAACUCCACAUGCCACAGAUGCCUUGCCCUGGCGGCGAAACUGAGAUACAAUGCGCCACUAGCCAAAUUAUUUGCUGUUUUCUCUUGUUUUGUUCGUACUACUUCGUCUUUCCAUCUAUUAGCGUGUGCUAGUUGCAUAGGUGUGAGCGGAUUUGAUUGCUAUCUGAGCUUUCAAGGGAACCACUUGGUUCUCAACACUAAUGAAAGAGUGCGAGGCUUUUGUGAAUUUUUACACAAACAACGACUUUAACACGGUCUGUUUUCGAUCUUACACUGAGUUCUCAAUACUCGCAUUACUUAGCUUGCUAUUGGAAAGUGUAAACAAGAAAAGCUACAAGCUUGUUAGCCGUACAUUAAUGCUCCUAGCAGUACCGAUAGCUUGAGGUAGCGAGUACCUGAGCCGAGUUGAGACCCCUUGCAGAAUUGAGCUCCAUCUUUCAAGAACAAGCGAAAGCAAUGUACGGAGGAGUUUAGACUGUACAGCCGUAUAUGCGUUAAUUUCCCAUCACCAAAAGUGGUCCCGUCAUCUGUAUAUGGCGCUGAAGAGAAGACACAACCGUAGAACUUGAGCAGCCGGUAGCAAGAUGAGACGUCAUGCGCGGGUUUCACACGGGACUAGCAUUCCCUCCAAAGAUAAUUUGGGCUAUGAGGUAUAAAUGGCCUCGGUUCGAGCUCUUGAUUUGUCGUUCAUGGGUGAAAAAGCAAGGAGAAAUCGCACCCAAUUGGCCGGCGCUUAACUUGCGGUUGCCGAGCACCUUGGGUGGGUACGCGUGCAGUACGUAACAACCAAAGUGGGGAGAUGGACCC